AUGAGCGCGAUCGUCGAUCACCCCACAUUCUCGGAUAGCCCGUUCUUCUUCGACCGGCGCAACCUGCACAUUCCCCAAGCCGAGAGCGCGCUAUUGCAACCACACUCCGCGCAAAGUGUCUCGUAUUAUUUCCCAAAACAUGUCGGGAACUAUCACUAUGGCGAACGCCAUCCCAUGCGCCCUCAUCGGCUCGAGUUAACCAACAAUUUGGUUUUAGGGUACAGUUUGCACGAAAAGAUGGCCAUGUAUAACCCACGACGCGCGACCGACGAUGAGCUGUGUGACUUCCACGACGAGGAUUACAUCGACUUUCUGAAGCGUGUCACCCCAGCAAAUGCGCAGAAGCUCACCAAGGACUACACAUUAUACAACAUAGGUGACGACUGCCCGGUAUUUCACGACCUGUUCAGCUUCUGCCAACAGUACGCGGGAGGGACUCUAGCGGCCGCGCGCAAGAUAAGCAUGGGUGGGACGGACAUUGCGAUCAAUUGGAGUGGCGGGCUGCAUCACGCCAAGAAGGGCGAGGCGAGCGGCUUUUGCUACGUCAACGAUAUCGUGCUCGGCAUCCUCGAGCUUCUCCGUCGUCACUCACGUGUACUGUACAUCGACAUUGACAUCCACCACGGCGACGGCGUGCAGGAGGCGUUCUACCUCUCCAACCGCGUGCUCACCGUGUCAUUCCACAAGUACGCCGCCGACUUCUUCCCUGGGACUGGCAAUCUCAGCGAGAUUGGCGCCAACCUCGGCAAGCACUUUGCGCUGAAUGUUCCGUUGCACGACGGCAUCGACGACGAGAGCUACAUCUCUCUCUUCAAGGCGGUAAUGGAGCCGACGAUCACAACGUUCCGCCCAGACUCGAUUGUGCUGCAGUGCGGCGCAGACAGUCUGGGCUGCGACCGCCUUGGGACGUUCAACCUUUCGAUCGCGGCUCACGGCGAAUGUGUCCGCUUCAUCAAGACGUUUGGGCUACCGCUCAUCGCCCUCGGCGGUGGAGGGUACCGUCAGUCCUCGGUCGCGCGGUGUUGGGCCUACGAGACGGGCGUGUUGACGGGUACCGAGCUGCCCGUUGAGCUCCCACCAAACAACUACCUCGAGUUCUUUGGCCCCGACUACUCGCUCCACCCCAGACUGAGUGGGAGUAUCCAGAACAUGAACUCGCGGCAGUACCUCGAGCGGAUCCGGGUGAGCAUCCGCGAGAAGCUGCGAUACAUCAACGGCGCGCCGAGCGUCCAGAUGCAGGAGAUCCCGCCGGACCUGCAGGGACUGUUAGAGUCCGAGGACCGCAAGAAGGAGGAGCGCGACGAGGAGGCGAACAACGGAUUGGCUGGCGAGGACCGCAGCGACGGGGUGCAGAAGCGCAACGAGUUCUUCGACACCGAGAUCGGCGGUGAUGGGAGCGGUGUAGGCGGGUCAUCAUCCGGCCUAGGACCACGAGGGAAGAAGACCAUGCGCUUCUAG